UGAUUCCUCUAUUGAGCCACUUGUUCAUUCUACAGGAGCUCGUAGUGGACUUAGUGCAAUAUUCUUCCUCGAUACGCAUGAUAAAGCAAAGGGAAUCUACAAUCCGUCAUGUCCAAUAGGGGGUAGCAGUGGUCUGCAUGUUGUCAUCCAUCCCCCAGGAACUCAACCUGACCCAAUAAACAAGGGAUUUGAUAUUGUACCUGGGCUCACAACAAAUGUUGAACUGCAGAAGAAGAACCGUGAAUUGCUUGGCUAUCCAUGGGGUGAUUGUGAAAAUCGUGAAAAACUUUCUGAAUUGCCAUAUAAAUAUGUUAAGUCAAGCUGCGAGAGGCAAUGCCAGCAAAAGUUUGUCAUGGAUCAAUGUGGUUGCGUAACUUCUUUUCAACCGAUACCUGAUAAUUUGAAGAACAUGCCUAUGUGUGGAAAAAUGGACCUCAAGAACUUAAACAGUGCAUCGCCUAACAUGAGCAAAAUUGCAGAAGAAAUGGAUACUCUUGAGUGUGAGUAUGGUAAAUUCUGGGUCCUCGAGAAAGAUUAUCCGGAAGAGUAUAAGUGUGAAUGCCCUUCAGCCUGUCACAAUGACAUUUAUGACCACACAAUCUCACAAUCUGAGUGGCCAUCUGGUGGCAUUAAGCUGGACUUCUACAAACAUGCGAUAAAUCUCCGAAACAUGCGGGGCUCUGGAUACGUUAACUCAACGAUGUAUGACCUCCUGGAUAGCAAACUGAACACUAAUGACACAGAGGAAAAUCACAAGAACCAAGGAAUGAUCAGAGAGAAUUUCCUGAGACUUAACAUAUUUUUCACUUCUUUGAAUACUGAAAUCGUGAAGCAAGUUGAGGAAUAUACAUUCACAGAUAUGAUAUCUGGGGUUGGAGGAGGGUUCGGUGUUUAUGUUGGUUUCUCUAUUGUCACUAUCUGUGAGUUUUGUGUUCUGUUUGCACACCUUGUGAAAGCAAUCAUGAAUCACAGAAACAAGGCAGUGGAAGAUAUACCAAGUGGCAAUAUCAUCACUGUAAAAAAGUAACUGGAAUAUAAGAAUAAUGUAAGCAGAGUACCAUUUAUUGAGAGUACAAUUUAUAAGCAGAGUACCAUUAAUUGCAGAGUUCACAUUGUAAGCAGAAAACCAUUUCUUGUAGAGUUCAAAUUGUAAAUAAAUAACAUUUAUAUGGUAAAGAAUCUAAAUUGUAACAUUUUUAACAACUUGAAACAUUUACUAUAUUAUAUUGUCUAUUUAUGUUGUAGUCAAAGUAGGAUUUAUUUUAACCAAUG